UUUUAGCGAUACCACUUUCUCUCUCUUCCUUUACUUUAAUUUUUAUUUUGUCCUCCUCACCAACAAAAAGCCAAUAAUAAUAAUAUCCUAUAUCUUCUCCUCCUCCAUCAUCAAUCAUCGGGAAAAAAAAAUCUAGGGUUUCUUCAUCUCUAUUCAUUUCACUUCCAAUCUAUUUAUCCAUUUCAGAAAUGGAGGAGCAGAAGAAGAAAGUAGAGAAGAGAAGUGCAUGUGAUUACUGUAACGAAUCAGUAGCAAUAUUAUAUUGUAGAGCUGAUUCAGCUAAAUUAUGUUUAUCAUGUGAUUAUCAUGUUCAUUCAGCUAAUGAUUUGUCUAAAAAGCAUAUCAGGUCACAGAUCUGCGAUAUCUGUAAUUCAAAACCUGUUUCUGUUCGCUGUGUUCACGAGAAUCUCGUUCUUUGUCCUGAUUGUGAUUUUGAUUCUCAUGAUGUUAAUUCGAAUCAUCAUCAGCGGUGUCAGAUUGAAGGUGUUACAGGUACUCCUUCACCUUUAACGCUUGCUGAGAAUUGGGGGUUUGAUUUGAAUGAUCUUGAUGUCGCUAACCGUAAACAGAGGAAGAAGAACGAAUUUGAAGAUGAAAAAAACGGAGAUUCUUUGUUAUCGAGGGAUUCAAUGUUUCAGAAUUGGUCGAAUUUGGAUUCGAUAUUGUCAGUUGAUUCAUCGUGGAUGUCUAAAUCAUCGAGUAAUAAUAAUACGUCUUCCAUGAUGGGAUUUCAAGAUCUAAUGGUUCCAAAUGAGAAUAAUAGUCGUAAUUUUAAUAAUCAUAAUAAUUCGGCGGCAUUGUUUCCGAACGUUCCGUGUGCUGAGAAGAAGAAACAACAGAGUAACCCGAUUUGUGGCAAGUAUAAGAAUGUGAUGCUCAAGCAAUUGAUUGAGUUGAUUAGAAGAGAUCCCAUUGAUGAUGGUGGUGGCGGCGACGAUGAAUUUAGUAAUGAGGACUGGAAGAAGGGAGAUAAUGAUUCUAGUAAUGGAGUUAAUGAUGAGACUAUGGAUGGAAUUAAUGAUUCUUUACAGCAACAAAUACCGUUUACUUCGUUGCUAAUGCUGCCUGUGAGAUCUGAUGUGAAGGGGUCAGCGGCUAAUAAUGAAGAUAAUUUCUGGGAUUGUAUGCCGCAAUCCGAGCAGUCUAGUCAGAUAUGGGAUUUUAAUUUAGGAAGAUCUAGAGGCAAUGAAGAGCGCAAUCAAAGAGAAGUUGAAUAUGGUACAAAUGAACCUGAAUAUCUGAUGGAGAGUUACAGUAAGUUUAUUAGACAACCCUCCUUCACAACUUCAGCUAUGCUAGAUGAACCAUACAGUGGGAAUUACUCCAGUAUGCUCGAGGACAACGAAUCACAAAUUGCAAACCAAAGACUAACAACAUCAGGGAGCAAUAACAUAUCUAAAACGACUCAGUUCUCAGGUUCGAUUGUUCCUAAAUCCGAAUCUUGCAGUUACAUGGAACAACCUUUCCUAGUUAAAGGCGGUAUUGUGAGGGCAACAACAAAGGCUGACAUGGAGUUGCUAGCACAGAACAGAGGCAGCGCGAUGUUACGGUACAAGGAGAAAAAGAAAACCCGCAGGUAUGAGAAGCACAUCCGAUAUGAGUCAAGAAAGGCCAGAGCUGAUACUAGAAAGCGUGUGAAGGGUAGGUUUGUCAAAUCGAAUGAAGUUCCGAAUGUUGAAAAUUGCAGCUGAUUUCAGCUUUUCCCAACCCUUUCUGUAAAAAAGGCACUCUGAUGUCAUCUGCAGUUGUUAGUUGAGCCAACUAUCAAGGUGCUCAUGACAUUGUUGGUGCCGUAUGUAAAUAUUAUACAAUUUCAUUGCACUACCAAAUGUAUAAAAUUUGAGUGGAGUCUCUUUUGAUACGGGCCUACUAGUUUGAUUUCA